AUGGCGUUCACCCAUGUGCGCCCGGAGUUGUGGACGGAGUUGAAGCCGUUCAUUGAGGCUGAAAUGGUUCCUACUGGGAUUCGACUAGUGACGGAUCAUUUUGCCCUGCUUAAGGGGAGUAGUAUGCUUCCAUGUCAGGGUGGCGGUGACGGUCAAGAGGUGGAUGUUUCGCUGCAGCCGGGGUUCCAGGAGAUCAUUGAGCUCAUGCGCACUGGAUACUUCUAUGUCAAAAUCAGUGCGCCUUACCGGGUCAGUACUCAGGCGCCCAGGUAUGAAGAUUUGAGGCCACUCGUCCGCGCGUUCUUCGAUGCGAACCCUAGGCAGGUCGUUUGGGGGAGCGACUGGUGA